GGCUCUUCCACCCAUGACCUGUUGGUGGCAGCAAAGCGCCGCUGACGAUCAAUACUACCACAAACCAAAACAGAAGAAGUGGCAAACCUGAAUGGAUAACAAAUACAGGGAAAUGGGUCUCCUUGACUCUUGAUGACCUGUACUGGUGAUUAGCCCCACACGGUCAUCUGUCAAUAUGCAAGGAUUCUACUCCAAGCUCGACUCUUCCCCUUCCUCGUCCCCUUUAUUGGGCCUCGGGCGAGAAGGCGUCCCUGUACCCCUCAGCCUGGCUGUGGAGGCGGAGAAAGCUCAGGCCCUCCUACAGACAUUCAGCUCCGCUUCUCUGCUGGCGUCCGCAGGACUCGGCAUGUUCUGUGUGGUGGCUGACCACGCUCUCCAGCUCUCUGUCAUCCAGAACCACCUGUGGAUGCGUGCUGCCUUGGACAAUGCCACGCAUGGAUUGGUAGGGCUGUGGUCGUGGGCAGUUGUUAUUGGACUAAGGAAAAAGAGUGAUCUGUAUGAAGUGCUGCUGGCUGGUCUUCUAGCAUCAAUCAUAGACCUUGACCACUUCUAUAUGGCUGGAUCCCUGUCACUCAAGGCUGCUGUCUCACUCCCCCAGCGUCCCCCUCUACACUGUUCUUCUCUCAUCCCCGUCUUCUGCCUCUCCCUUCGCUUCCUCAUGUGGAUCGGACGCCUGAAAGAUGCUUGGUGCUCCUUGCCGUGGAUGCUUUUCAUUUCCAUGGCGACGCACCACGUCCGGGAUGCUGUGCGACACGGCCUGUGGGUGUGUCCAUUCGGCAACACGGCGCCGCUCCCCUACUGGCUGUACGUCAGCACCACGGCCACGCUUCCUCAUCUGUGUUCAGUGCUCAUGUAUCUGACGGGCACCAGGGAUGUUAUCUCCACAAAACACGGCGUGGCCAUCGACGUUUAGACGCCGCUGACCUGCCAACUACAUCUAAUGCUGAUCUGG